UUGGAUUUAACGUUAAAAGCAUCCUGAAUAUACCUAAUAUUCCACCCUGAUCAUAGGCCUAAGCCAUGUCAAAAUACCUAGGAUUACAGUAAAUUUGCUUUCAAACAGUAAUAUCUCCCUGGGGGGGACCCAGAGUCGCCCGUCUAGGGAUUGUACCUUGGGCAAUGAAAUGCACAUAGCAAACAUCACUCAAAGCUUUUUUAAAAGGUUGGCAGCCCUGCAUGAGGUGUGCCGUGAAUGUGUAAGAAGAGGGUGAAAUGCGUGUCUCAAGGCCAAUGCGUGGGAGUUGGCAACUCUGGGUUAAAUAAAGGUAAAAUAGACUUAUUUAGUGUUCACGUGUUAGAAAUGUGAACUAGGCUACACCUAGUAGCCAUAACUACAACUCAAUGGAUUAAAAAAUAAUGAUUAUUAUACAAAGACAAGUAAACAAAAAUGUACUUUAUAAAAUACUUAUCAUCAAUACACAGAGUUCAUCUAAGAUUACAAAUCUAACUGUCUAUGCCUCAGUGUCUGCUCCUCACAUCAGUCACUCAGUGGACAGUCCAUUUGAAAACGUGAGCUGUUCCUUGGUGUGCACUGUGAAGAACGGGAGAGAGGUGAUCUUGUCCUGGUACAGAGGAGGGGAGAUACUCAACCAGACCAGCAGCCCUGAUCUUCUAGCCAAUCUCUCUCUACCUCUGGAGUUAAACAAAAUACAUGUUGACACCUACAGCUGUGAGGCUUCCAACCCUGCUGACUCAAAACCAACUCCACUCAACAUUGAAACGCUCUGCCCUCAAUUGUCCUCACGCUCUGCCCUCAAAGACUCUGGUGCCAAUCCUGUCCCAAUCACACUGGUUACAUUGUUAGCAGUUGGGAUAAUAAGUGUUGGCACUUACUGGGCAGUUAAAAUAAGAACAUGUGGAGCCUGCAAGCAAAGAGAAGAAGCCCAACAUUAUACUGAAGUGAAAUUUCAUAAACUGGUUGGGGAUACACUGGUAUCUGGCACCGGAGGAGUCUGUUCACCAGAGGAGUCUGUUUAGUACGCUGAUGUCAGAAUCUUACCUUCUGUUCAGACAGGACUGGAUUCAAUCACUCCUCUCUCAAAGCUGUAACCUUGGUGUGGUUUAGAGGCUUGUGUGUCUCCAUGACCCUGAGAGCUACGCCGGAGGGGGCUUGGGCCCCUGGUAGGUUUAGCCAUGCCGAAUUGGUCACCAGUGAGGGGCCAAUAACAGCAUUGGUCCUACAUGUUUCAAGUCGUCAUGAUGCUAUAGGUAGGCAACCAUACCACUGAUUCAAUGUUACAUGCUGUGUGUAUGUCUUUACCGUAAUUUUAAAUGUGUAUUUUUCAUAGUGCUGUAACCUUACUUUGCAAGAAAUGUUUUUGAUAAAAAUGUAACAUUAUUGUUGUUAUUUAGGUCAGACCAUUUGUCUGAAAACCGGGAUUAGUAGCAUGUAAACAAGCAAAUGAGUUCAAUCAUGGCACCACAUCCACUUCCUGAAACGCUUUUACCAUUUAUUUUAAAAAUGAUUGUAACCGACUCUCCAAACCUGCUGAUCUCAUGGGCAUGUUUAAACUUGUGGAUUAAUGUUUUCAUGUAGGUUUGUCCUGCCUUUAUUUUCCCUCUAGAGAGUCUUAUGUUCUCCACUAUUUACCAAACUACUGUGAUGACUGUUCUGUGAGGAUCCAAAUAGGUCAGAUUAGUUUGGAAACAGAUUAUUUCAACCAGACCCUCUCUCAGCCACAGAGAGAGGGAGGCGGGAAUUGGUGGGGGGUUUACACCUCACGCCCUGUUGUAAAUUACAGGAGAGGAGAUCCAGGGUCUCCCUCUACAAAUUCACAAAGGAAUGUGCUUUGUCUCCCGCCAAAACUCUAACUCGUUCUAAAGUGAAUAAUGGAACAAUAUUUUUAACAUAGAACAUGGGGAAUGGUCAGAGGCGAUCUAAAGAAUAAUAAUGUCAUACCUGUUGUUAUUUUUUUAUGUAAUUAAAAAUGCUAUAAAGGAAAUACUGUAACUUGAAAGUAUAUACACCACAUGUACAAAGUCUCCAUCCUUAACGUUGUGUAUGAAAUAUGAACAAUUUUGAAAUUAUUUUUGUUAACUUCUUUGAUAUAGGGGGCGCUCUUUAAAUUUUUGGAUAAAGAAAAUAAAUAAAAAUGUCACGAAAAGAUGCUCGACUAUGCAUAUAAUUGACAGCUUUGGAAAGAAAACACUCUGACGUUUCCAAAUCUGCAAAGAUAUUGUCUGUGAGUGCCACAGACCCAACUGCCACAGACCCAACUGCCACAAAUGAUUUAUCAUCGAAUAGAUAUGUGAAAACACCUUGAGGAUUAAUUCUAAACAACGUUUGCCAUGUUUCUGUCGAUAUUAUGGAGUUAAUUUGGAAAAAAGUUUGGCGUUGUAAUGACUGAAUUUUCGGGGGGUUUUCUUAGCCAAACGUGAUGAACAAAACGGAGCGAUUUCUCCUACACCAAUAAUCUUUUUGGAAAAAAUUAACAUUUGCUAUCUAACUGAGAGUCUCCUCAUUGAAAACAUCCGAAGUUCUUCAAAGGUAAAUCAUUUUAUUUGAAUGCUUUUCUUGUUUUUGUGAAAAUGUUGCCUGCUGAAUGCUAGGCUUAAUGCUAUGCUAGCUAUCAAUACUCUUACACAAAUGCUUGUGUAGCUAUGGUUGAAAAGCAUAUUUUGAAAAUCUGAGAUGACAGUGUUGUUAACAAAAGGCUAAGCUUGUGAGUCAAUAUAUUUCUUUCAUUUCAUUUGCGAUUUUCAUGAAUAGUUAACGUUGCGUUAUGGUAAUGAGCUUGAGGCUAUGAUUACGCUCCUGGAUACGGGUUUGCGCGACGCAAGAAGUUAAGAUAGGAAUGUGAUUUUAGGAGCCAUAAGAGAUCAUUUGUCUCCUAUAAACUUUGCACAGUAAGUAGCCACGCCCGAGUGAGGUCAGAGAGCGUGUCAGCCUGACCGAACCAUCCCUUUUGACCGGAGAGGAUAAAAGCAUUGGUAAAGAAAUUAACAUUUAGACCAGAAAGGAGACGAGCUGCAGCUCCUGACCAAAGUGGUUCGAACUCUGAAAAUCUCAACACGAGGUAGAGACGAUAACGUCACAUCCUGGACAAUCACUACUAUUGGACAAUCAGAGCUUUACAAGCAUGCCGCGGAAAGGCACAACACCCUUCCUAAGAAGGCCUGGUUCCGACAGAGAUACAUGGCGAAAGAAGGCCUUUAAAGCGUAAAUACAUUCAUUCUUACUCCAAACAGGCAGCGGUUCAUGUGCAAAGUAUAUGAUUACUGUGACUGUAGUUCCUAAAAUGUAUCAACAAUAAAUGUCUCUCUCUCUCA